GCGCUAUUAAACUUAAUACAAUUUUGGUUUGUAAUUUUCAAAUUGUUAAACAAGAAGAAAUAUGGAAAUAUUGCAAUCAUCAAAUCUUGAUGAUAUUUUAUCAAAUAACUUUGAGAUACUUAAAGCUGAUCUGGAAGAGAAAGAAAUGCGUGGUUCAGGUUGGACCUUGCAUGAAAUUCUACAUUUAGAAAUAAAUAUAAACGACUAUGUACCUUUACGUGGUGGUUCAUCAACUUUUAUUGAAAUGCCUGAUUGGAUUAUAAAAACAAAAUCAGUUGUAAACGUUAUAAAUUAUAAAGAUAAUUAUUGCUUUAUUUGGAGUGUGUUAGCUGCAAUGCACAAGGUUCCACAUCCAAACAGAGUCACAUCAUAUGAGAGAUACAUGAAUGAUUUAAAUCUGGAUGGAAUAACAUUUCCAAUGAGUUGGUGUAAAAUAAAACAAUUUGAAAAAAAUAACAAUUUGAAAAUAAAUGUAUAUGGCAUUGAUAACACUGAUGAUUUAGAUGAUGAAUCCAAUGAUGAAGAAGGCGUUAGCGUUGAUGAUUCAAAUGGUACAAAUAAGAAAAAAAAAAAGAGACGUCAAGAAAGGAUUGUUCCAUAUUAUUUGGGUAAUAAUGAUGCAUCAAAUCAUCCAACAAUUCAUCUUUUAAUUAUUGAAAAGCCUGAGAAAAAAGUUGAUGGAUUCCAAGAUGAAUCAGCAGAUGAAGAUGAUGAAGAAGAAGAAGAAGAUGAAGAUGAUGAAGAUUAUGAUGAGUAUGAUUUUAAUAAUAUUACAAAUAAAAGAAAACUUGGUUAA